GCCCGGUUCCACCCUCCGCCCCCCCCCCUCCGCCCCCCGGGCAGGACACAGCAAAUGGUACCGGAAAUGGUACCCCUGCCGACGCAAUGCAGGCCUCUACGGACCCCGGAAACGUACAGAACGUCAACAAAGGAGCAGAACAGGGGGAAGAACAGCAACAACAGGGGCUGCGGGAAGAGGGGAUGCGAUCGGCCCCGGGGCAGCAAGGUGAGGAACAGCAGGAUGAGAGACAAGGGGGGUGCGUCGGGUGGAAGGCGGGGGACGAGCAGGAAAAGGGGGGAGGAGCCGCACAAAAUAUCAAUAAAGAAGGUACAAGGAUAGUAGACACGGGGGAAGAUCAAGUGGAGAACAAAGCAGGUACAGAGGCAAGGAUAGUAGACACGGGGGAAGAUAAAGUGGAGAACCCAGAAAGAACCCCGACCAUCUGCGGCUCCGAUACAACAAUGGUCACUCAUGGCCCAGGCGCAACAGCGCAGCGGGAAGACGGACAGCUCGUCGAAAGACAGCAAAAAGGGGGACAGUGGGGAGAGGACAAGGAGAACAAGGACAAGGAGGGGGAGGGGGGGACAAAGGAAGCACAAAGAGAAGGGGGGAGUGAAGGACAAAAUAGGAGGGGGGGACAGUGGGGAGAGGACAAGGAGGGGGGUAAUGGGGAGACCACAAGGGCGGAACUGGGAAAGGGGGAGGGCGAAGCGCAGAACAGCAGCAAAGGAAAAGCAGAAAACUCAGAAAAGAGGCCGGAGGCGACGGGGGCAGGCUCCGUGGGAGAGCAGACUCAAACGGCGGGCCCUGAUGCUGCACAAAGCCUGAGAAAGCCGGAUCAGGGUAGAGGCUUUUAUAAGCUGAACACUUCUCUCCUGAGCAUCGAUCGGUUCAAGACCUACCUCACAGAGGUAGGGUCCUUUUAGCAGGAACAAAAACAUCAGAUCCAUGACAAAACCGUAUGGUUCAACAACGGCCUAGCUUUUAUAGGCCGCAAGUGCAAUGAAUACUCUAAACUUCU